CCGAGGUGAUGCUCGCGUGUUGUUUUAUCUACAUUUACGUUUGGGAAAACUCCUGGUUAGCUGGUCGUCCACAGCCUGUGCUAGCAUUUAGCCAAAGUCACUGGUUUUCUGGCAGUAGCUUGACUGGCGUGGUUCGUACACCAGCGAGGACGCAGGAUGAAGGUGACACGAGCUUCGCUGUCUGAGCGACACUGUGACUCGCAUCACGAAGAGGAACGAGCGGCGCCCGAAAAUGGAGUUUGCAGCACGCGCCCUCUAGCGGCACCCUCUGGCCAUGGCAGGUUACGUUGGAUUCUGACUCGCGUGACUCUCCGGCAGAAGCAUCUUCACUCCGUCCUGUCCGCAUUUCAAGACUCACUGCAGAGCCGCGACAAGACACGUCAAACGCGACAAGCAGUUGUUGCUGAACUCACCAACCUGCUUUCAAAGUGUGAGCCCAUCAUUAGCCAGCUGGGGUCAAAGGUGACAUGGGGCCGCAGCUUCAGCUGCUCUUCAGAGGAGCGAUGCCACGCUUUGGAUCCGUCACCGCUGAACAUCGGCAGGAGAGAUCUUCUUUGCCAUGGCCAGAACAAAGCGGAGCGACUGUCGGUGACCACAUUCCUCUACUGUCAGCCCACGCCGUACCUGUCCCAGAUCCACACCGGACUUUUCAAGUACAUCCGCUGGAACGUGGUUCUCCUCAGAAAGGAGAGAAACGGGAGUGAGGAGGACAACACAGCUUACUACUUCCUUUGCUUCGAAGACGUCCCAGAUUUUAAAUCGGAAACAGCCAGGUUUAGCAUCAGAAGGAUCUGGUCCAUUGGCCGAUGGGUGCAGGUGAAGCCUGACCCUGAGAAGGAGACCAUCGAUGACUGGAUUCUCUGCAAAGUACCCAAGGGCAGAUACGAGCGGCUGCUGGUCAUGGGCAGCGAAGAGCCAUCAAUUGGCGCAGCCACCGAAGCCUUGUCUCAGCUCCUGCGCUCAUCCUUCUCUUCAGAGAACCUCCAGUCGCCCCAGAACGUCUGAGGAUGUUCCACGAAUGUUCCACAUGUUCCGAGCAGAUUGUUCACUCUGCGUUGUAUUUUGCACUUUUGCGUUCUAGAAUAUGAACAAACAGUUCCAUGUUUGUUGAAAAGAAGCACAGUUAAGUUAUAAAAAAAGAUUUUAUUUGCACAAAUCACAAUGAAUUUAUUUCACAUUAACACAUUUCUCUCUUCAAAGGAAGCUGCCAAGAUUCAGGCUCAUCACCUUCAUUACAACAAAUUGGCCAUUUCUUAUAAUUUAACACGCCAUCUUUUUUUUUUUGCUUUAUUUAAAAAAUAAAUUCCGGCUGACUCACAGUUCUGCAGUGCACACAAACAUUCAGCUGACAUCUUCAUUCCACCUAUUGCAAAUAAGACAUCUAUAGACGACUAUACUUCUAAAUAUAUAACGUACAAAAUGUCUCUUUUACAGUGUGUAGUCUUCAAUGACAAGACAAGAUUUCUCACAACAUUAAAAA